AACCAGCACGACCUACCCCUAACCUAACCAAAAACUCCCAAAAUGACUAUUUCAUCUCUAACUUGCAUUAUCCUCCUGCUAGGAUCAUGCUGUUUUCUCAGCCAUGCCCAACAGUUUACCAGCCAAUGUGACAAGCCAAGGAAUGCAAAUCUACCAUUUUGCGACUCCAGCUUGCCCACAGAAGCUCGCGUGUCGGAUUUGAUCUUUCGCCUCACCUUGGCCGAGAAGAUUGGUCUGCUCGUUCACGAGACGGAGGGUGCCACUCAAAACGUGGAUCUGGACUCGUACAACUGGUGGAACGAGGGUCUCAAAGGAGUCGCCGAUGCGCCAGGGGCUCAUUUCCGACCCCCCACGGAAUACUCGACCGUGUUCCCACAACCCAUCAACCUUGCCUCCUCCUUCAGUAAAGAACUCUUCUUCCAAGUCGGCAACAUAACGGGGAACGAAGCAAGAUGGGGGAGAGGUCACGAAACCCCGGGAGAAGAUCCACGCCUCAGUACGGAAUUCGCACGUUACUUCAUUCGCGGAUUGCAGGGUGACGAAUCUGCAAAUGGAUUCCUCAAGACUUCCGCGUGCUGCAAACAUUUCGCCGCACACUCGCUGGAGAACGAUAGAUUCACCUUUGACGCUGUUGUCAACGAGCAGGACAUGGCGGACACGUACCUCCCCGUGUUCAAGAGUUGUGUACAAGAGUCGGACGUGAGCUGUAUCAUGUGUGCUUACUCGGCCAUUAACGGAAUCCCCGCCUGCGCAGAUAAAGGCCUACUGACCGACAAGAUCCGAGGGGAGUGGGGUUACGAGGGCUAUAUCGUGUCCGACUGCGGGGCGGUCGACUUUGUCCAAAGGACCCACAACUACACCCAGUUCCCCAACGAGACCUGCCACGCCGUUCUAGACGCCGGGGUCGACAUCGAGUGCUACGCCUACAACGGUCCCUUCUUCACCCGCUACUUGGGAGACGCCGUGGCGGAAGGGGCAGUCACCCCGGCCAUGCUGGAUACCGCGCUCGCCAACGGGUUCAGGGUCCUCAUGCGGCUCGGAUACUUUGAAAAGAAUGCGACCCGUCCCUUCACCGACCUUCUGCCACCCAUCGUGGACAGCCAACCUCAUCGAGACGCCGCCUUGGCCGCGGCCCGACAAAGUAUCGUCCUCCUUAAGAACUCCCCCGUCUUGGGGAAGGCAGGCAAGGCCCCACUACCCGUUACUUUGGGGGCACAAAAACAAGGCACGAUGGCCUUGAUCGGACCACACCUGAACGCCUCGAGAGCCUUCUUGGCCAACUACCAUGGAAUUCCUUCCUCCAUCUCGACCCCAUUGAGUGCCAUCCGAGCCUCCUUUCCCAACGCCCAGUACGAAUUCGGCUGCGACUUGAUAUCCACAACGAACCCGCAUUUGGAUGAGGCCGCCGCCCUGGCCGCGAUCUCCUCCCCCGUCGUUCUCUUUGUGGGGAUCAACGCUGCGCAGUUUGAGGAGGAGGGGGUCGAGUAUGAAGAGCAUGACAGGUUAAACUUGUCCCUGACAGGGUUGCAGCCUGAACUCAUCCGAACUGUCCUAGCCGCCGCGAGGGAGCCCGUGAUCCUCUUCGUGGUCUCGGGUGGCGUGGUGGACCUGUCCGAGUGGAAGGAUGAUCCCCGAGUGGGAGCCAUCAUCUGGGCGGGAUAUCUGGGGCAGGCGGGCAGAGAGGCGAUAGCAGACGUCCUUUUCGGCCGGUACAAUCCGUCGGGACGCCUGGCACAAACGUUCUACUCGAACGAAGUGAUCACCCAGUUUGAGAAGUAUGAUAUGAACAUGCGCCCCACGGAGGGAACGUCGACGGGGAGGACGUAUCGUUUUUACGAGGGGACGCCCGUCUAUCCAUUCGGGUUCGGAUUGUCCUACACAACCUUCGAGUAUAGCAUUCUUAACUUGCCCCCUAUCCUUGAAAUACCGACGAUCGGAGGAGUGGAUCAAGACUGCGCAGUGAUGGUCACUCUGGCCGUGAGGAACGUGGGGGUGACUGCGGGGGAUCACUCGGUCCUCUGGUUUCUCGCCCCACCCAACGCAGGACAGGGAGGAAGACCAAUUAGGGAUUUGCUCGAUUUUGAAAAACUGGAGAAUAUUUCAGCGAAUGAGGUGAGGGAGGCAAACCUUUGUCUGAAUCGGGACCACUUCGUCCUGGCGAAUGAGGCAGGGGAGUGGGAAGUUGUUCCAGGGGACUGGACCCUGCAGGUGGGACAAUUGGAGAGAGUUAUUCGUGUUGCCGUUUAA